AUGAGUCAUUCUAUUGCCAUAAUUCUGCGUCAGCUGCGUAUCGGUGCGGGUAUGCUGUUCAUACUCUGCAGCCUUGAUGUUGCCGCCGCCCAGGCGUCUUUACCCACUUUGGCAGCCGAUGUUGUCAUCCAUCGGGAUGAAUGGGGGGUACCACAUAUUCGCGGCAAAUCAGACGCUGCUGUCGUGUUCGGCUCAGCCUGGUCUCAGUGCGAAGAUCAUUUCUGGCAACUCGAAGAUACCUACAUCAAAGCGCUCGGCCGUUCUGCAGAAGUCUCCGGGGAACAGGGCCUGCAGAGUGACCUUAAUGUCGCCCUGUUUGAAAUCACCACCCGCGCGGAACGGGACUUUCCUGACCAGCCAGACGAAACCCGGACACUGGCCAAUGCCUUCGCUGCAGGUUACAACUUUUAUCUCGAGCGCAAUCCUGACAUCACCCCACGCCUGCUCACCCGUAUGGAGCCCUGGCAUGUGCUUGCCUAUGAACGUUACAUGAUGUUGGGACGCCUGCUGGGUGCAGCGCACGCGCCAUCACCACAGGCAACCGUGCUGGAAGAAGAGCAGCGCGCCUCGCUUGGUUCAAAUCAGUGGGCGAUCGGUCCAGAGCGCACCCGCAACGGCACCGCCAUGCUGUUCAUCAAUCCACAUCAGCCCUGGUACGGUCCGGGCAUGUUCACUGAAAUGCAUGUCAAAAGUGACUCAGGCUGGGAUUUUUCCGGCGCCAUGUUUCCCGGUUCACCGUUCCCAACCGCAGGAUUCAAUAACCGCCUGGGGUGGGCGUAUACCGUCAACGAAGCAGACAUCGCUGACGUCUAUCGUCUGACUUUCGAUCACCCUGACGACCCCGAUCAGUAUCGAUAUGGUGAUGGGUGGCGACGCGCAGACUCAUGGCAGGCACAGAUCAAGGUGGCUGGGGAGGCUCAACCGCGCCAAUACCAGCUACGCCGCAGUCACUAUGGACCGGUGAUCAAACAGGAAGACGAACACCAUUUUUUAGCUGCCCGGGUACCCCGCCUGCAUAAUGGCUCACGCAUGCAGCAAUCCCUGGCUCAGUCUCGUGCACAGAACUUUGAGCAAUGGUAUGCGGCAGCCUCUACAUUGCAGCUGCAGACGUUCAACACCAUGUACGCUGACGCUGAUGGCAACAUCUUCUAUCUGUACAACGGCACAAUCGCCAAACGCAAGGUCGGGGUCGAUUGGACCCAACCCGUCGACGGGUCGGAUCCGGAAAUGGAAUGGGGCGACUUCCACCCUAUUGAAGAACUGCCUCAGGUACUCAACCCACAGUCCGGCUUUAUGCAGAAUUGUAAUUCUUCACCCUUCACCACCACCGACGACGACAACCCAUCCAUGAAGGACUUCCCGGCUUAUAUGGUGGAGGAUGCCACGGAUGAUAAGCGUCGCGCCAAGCUGUCACGCUGGCUGCUGCGCCAGGCCCGGGACGUCACUUUCGAGGACUGGCAGGCAAUGGCUUACGACACCACUUUGUAUUGGCCGAUGACUGAGCUGCCCAGAUACCAGCAGCGUCUCAGGCACUUGGCAUUGUCUGAUCCCGAGCUCGCUGACCGGGUGCAACCUUACUUAUCGCACCUGCUCGACUGGGACUACCGCAGCACAAUCGACUCAACCGCGACAACAUUGGCUGUAGCCUGGUACGAAACACUUUAUGGGCGAGGCUAUCCGGUAGAGACGUUAAAAGCAGAAUUCACCACCGACAUCCCUGCUCGAUUCGAAGCGCUGAUAGAAGCGGCAGACAUGCUGGAGGAGCGUUACGGCAGUUGGCAGGUGCCCUACGGGCAGGUGUAUCGCAUUCAGCGACAUGCACCUUACAGUGACGUUGCCGACGUGCCAUUUGAUGACCGCCAACCCAGCCUGCCGAACUCUGGUGUUCGCGGGCCACUGGGGGUCGCCUUCACGGUUUACCAUACCCCGCCAACGGAUGAUCCGAAUCGUCAGCAUCAAUAUGCGGUAACCGGGUCAUCCUACCAGGCCGUUUACGAGUUUCAUCCGGACGGCGUGCGUGCUGCCAGUUAUUUACACUACGGCCAGAGCCAUGAUCCGGACUCACCACACUUUUUUGAUCAGGCAAAGCUGCUUUCAGAAAAGCGUUUCAAGCCAGCGUGGUUUGCAUGGACGACAAGCACAUCAUAUUCGGGGCCUGGGUAUUUAUGGAGCUAUCAAAUGAGCAACUUGCCAUACGUUCUUACCACCGCUGACCGCGUUGAGAUUCACGAACUUCCUGGACGGUAUGGCGAUGCGAUUGACGACCGAAACUGGGCAAAGCUCGACGCUGUGUUCACCGAGGAUGCCGUAUUCGACCUGACCGGUGUCGGCUCACGGAUAUGCGAAGGGCUCGAGGACAUUAAGUCGUUCAUGGAAACCGAGGCUGCCCAUCCGCGUACACACAUGAUGACCAACAUCUAUGCCGACUCAGAUGAAGACGGCGUGACCAUGCAGUUUCGUAUUGUCGCCCUUAUCGGCAAAGGGCAAACGGCAACUGCCAGUUAUUACGACAAGAUCGUCAAAACCGACGAUGGAUGGCGGACCCAACACCGUUACGUCUCAACUCGUCGUCGCGACAAGCGCGAGGCCGAAGUUGAUCGCAAAGGUAUUGCGCGCUAA